UCAUCCCCCAGCGGCAUCUUCCCUUGGUGUCUCCAACCCUUGGUGUCUCCAACCCUUGGUGUCAUCAACCCUUGGAGCCAUCAACCCUUGAUAUCAUGAACCUUGAUGUUACCACUUCUAGGGUCACCAUCCUUGCGGUCACCAUCGCCCAGGGUCACCAUCCCCCGGGGACAUCCUCCCUUGGUAUCGCUGUUCUUCAGUGUCAUCAUCCCCCAGCGGCAUCUUCGCUCGGUGUCUCUAACCCUUGGUGUCUCCAACCCUUGGUGUCAUCAACCCUUGGCCAUCCCCAGGACAACAGCCGCCGGGUGGACAACGUGCUGAAGCUGUGGAUCAUCGAGGCGCGGGACCUGCCGCCCAAGAAGCGCUACUACUGCGAGCUGUGCCUGGACGACAUGCUCUACGCCCGCACCACCAGCAAGGCGCGCACCGACAACGUCUUCUGGGGCGAGCACUUUGAGUUCAACAACCUGCCCGCCGUGCGCACCAUCCGCCUCCACCUCUACAAGGACACCGACAAGAAGCGCAAGAAGGACAAGAGCAACUAUGUGGGCAUGGUGAGCAUCCCCAUCGCCAGCGUGACGGGCCGCCACUUCGCCGAGCAGUGGUACCCGCUGAGCCAGCCCAGCGGCAGCAAGAGCAAAGCCGGUUGCCCGGCCCUGCGGGUCAAGAGCCGCUUCCAGACCAUGAGCAUCCUCCCCAUGGAGCUCUACAAGGAGUUUGCUGAGUACGUCACCAACAACUACCGCAUGCUGUGCGCCGUGCUGGAGCCCGUGCUCAGCGUCAAGAGCAAGGAGGAGGUGGCCUGCGCCCUCGUGCACAUCCUGCAGAGCACCGGCAAGGCCAAGGAUUUCCUGUCGGACAUGGCCAUGACGGAGGUGGAUCGGUUCAUGGACCGGGAGCACCUGAUCUUCCGGGAAAACACCCUCGCCACGAAAGCCAUAGAGGAGUACCUGAAACUCAUCGGCCAGAAAUACCUCAAGGACGCCAUCGGUGAGUUCAUCCGGGCGCUGUACGAGUCAGAGGAGAACUGCGAGGUGGACCCCAUGAAGUGCUCGGCCUCCACCCUGGCCGACCACCAGGCCAACCUGCGCAUGUGUUGCGAGCUCGCCCUCUGCAAGGUGGUCAACUCGCACUGCGUGUUCCCGCGGGAGCUGAAGGAGGUGUUCGCUUCGUGGCGGCUGCGGUGUGCCGAGCGGGGCCGCGAGGACAUCGCGGACCGGCUCAUCAGCGCCUCGCUCUUCCUGCGGUUCCUGUGCCCCGCCGUGAUGUCGCCCAGCCUCUUCGGCCUCAUGCAGGAGUACCCCGACGAGCAGACGGCUCGCACCCUCACCCUCAUCGCCAAGGUCAUCCAGAACCUGGCCAACUUCACCAAGUUCGGCAGCAAGGAGGAGUACAUGGCCUUCAUGAACGAGUUCCUGGAGCUGGAGUGGGCCAGCAUGCAGCAGUUCCUCUACGAGAUCUCCAACCUGGACACCCUCACCAACAGCACCAGCUUCGAGGGCUACAUCGACCUGGGCCGCGAGCUCUCCACGCUGCACGCCCUCCUCUGGGAGGUCAUGUCCCAGCUCAGCAAGGAGGCGCUGCUGAAGCUGGUGCUGCGCGGGCCCUCGGCCGACCUCCAGCCCUACGUCAUGCGGGACCUCAACAGCUCCGUCGACCUCCAGUCCUACAUGGUGCGAGGCCUCAACAGGGGCUUCCUGCACAUCCUCAUGUCCAUCCCGUCCUUGGUGGGUGCCCAUCGCCCACCCGGUGGUGACGGAGCCACCUCGCCGGCCAGCGGCAACCUGCUGCAGUCGCCUGAGCCCACCUAUGGGCCUCCCAGGUCCCGGCAGCCCUCCCUCGCCAAGGAGGCCUCUGUCGCCGGGCUCAAGCCCACCAUCACGAAGCAGGCCUCGCAGACCCCGUCGACGCUGACCCCGGUGCUGCCGGCGGCGGAGCGCACGGUGGCCUGGGUGUCCAACAUGCCCCACCUGUCGGCCGACAUCGAGAGCUCCCACAUCGAGCGCGAGGAGUACAAGCUCAAGGAGUACUCCAAGUCCAUGGAUGAGAGCCGGCUGGACCGGGUAAGGGCCUGCCCGCCCGCUGGGACCCAGGCGUCCGGGCAACCCAGAGGUCCACACCCAGAGGGAAUCAGGCAUCUGGGGACAAGGGGCCCCAGGUGUCUGGCCUCCAGGGGAAACCAGCACCCCAUGCCCGUGGCCGUGGUGGUCCCCAUGGCCAUCCCCCUGCUGGUGGCCAUGGCUAUCGUGGUCCCCAUGGUGGUCCCUGUGGUGGUGCCCAUGGCCAAUGCUGUCCCCAUGGCCACCCCCAUGCUGUGGUUCCCAUGGCCAUCCCCACUGCCCGUGGCCAUGUUCAGCCCCAUGGGGGCCCCCAUGCCCAGCCCCUUGCUGGUGUUGGUGCCCGUGGCCAUGGUCAUCCCCAUGGUGGUCCCCAUGGCCAGCCCCUUGCUGGUGUUGGUGCCCGUGGCCAUGGUGGUCCCCACAGUGGUUCCCAUGGCCAUCCCCAUGCCGGUGCCAGUGCCCAUGGUGGUGGGGGUGCCAGGAGUGGCAGCCAAUGACUCCAGUGAAGCCUGGCCCCGCAGGCUGAUGCUGGUGGAGGAGGAGCUGCGCAGGGAUCACUUGGGCGCCCACGACGCCUCCGAGGGCCGCAAGCGCCUGCUCGACGCUCAGGUGGAAAUUACAAUGUCAUUGCUCUGCUCCGUGUGCCCAUGGCCCAUCCCACCGCGGCGCCCGCGCUGGCCAUGGGGUGGGGAGGGGGGUGGGGAUGUCCCUGGGCCUGUGGCCAACCCCAGGGGACAUGGCUACCCCGAGAUGGCCUGCUCCCAAGGAUGGUCAUCUCCCCAAGGGCACAGCUACCUGGGGAUGGCCACCCCCAGAGAUACGGCCUUCUGGAGAUGGUCACCCAGGGGUGGUCAUCCCCAGAGAUAUGGCCACCCGAGGAUGGGAACCCCAGGGACAUGGCCACCCCGAAGGACGUGGUCACCUGGGGAUGGUCAGCACCCCCCCAGGGACACGGCCAACCCCAGGGGACAUGGCUGCCCUGGGAUGGACCACCCCAAGGAUGGUCACCUCCCAAGGACAUGGCCGCCUGGGGAUGGUCACUCCAGGAUGGUCACCCCCAGGGACACGGCCAACCCCAGGGGACAUGGCUGCCCCGGGGAUGAUCACCCAGGGAUGGUCACCCCCAGAGGUAUGGCCUCCUGGGGAUAGGCACCCAGGGAUGGCCACCCUGGGGACAUGGCCACCUCAAGGGACAUGGCCACCUGGGAAUGGUCACCUUGGGGUGGUCAUGCCCAGAGAUAUGGCCACCUUGAGGGACAUGACCAUUCCAGGAUGGUCACCUGGGGACGGUCACCCGCAGGGACACGGCCACCCUGGGAUAUGGCUGCCCCAGGGAUGAUCACCCAGGGAUGGUCUCUCCCAGAGAUACGGCCACCCCUAGGGAUGGUCACCGUCAAGGACAUGGCCAUCCCAGGGAUGGUCACCUGGAGCUGGCCACCCCCAGGGACAUGGUCACCCAAGUGACAUGGCCACCCCCAGGGACAUGGCCACCCGAGGAUGGUCACCUUGGAGAUGGUCACCCCUAGAGAUAUGGCCACCCCCAAGGGGCAUGGCCUCCCUAGUCACUCAGGGAUGGACACCUCUAAGGACAUGGCCAUCUCAGGGCCAAGGCCACCUGGGGAUGGCCACCCCAAGGACAUGGCCACCUGGGGAUUGUCACCUAGGGAUGG